AUGAGAUUCAAAGUAUUCAGCAGAAGCAGAAGCAAUAGCACGAGCGAUGCUGAUACAGCCCCUCACACCGAUACCGACAUCGGAGCCACGGCCAGAACGGAAACCAGGACUGCUGGAGAGUAUUCCAAGUCGUCAAGGUCGGUUUUGAGAGUGAGAGGAGGAUGCUGCUCAACCAGAGGAGUGACUGUUAUUCCUCCCAUCAUCUACUCUACACCAUUCGUUCUGCUCGUGCUAAUGUUCGAUUUUCUGGGUAUACGUAGAUGGGGUAACCAAGGUGGAUAG